UGUCUUGGUCUGUUAACUGUGUUAGUCUUUAUUUGAGUUGGAUUUAUUUAUUUGAGGUCGUGAGAUCUCAUACUUACAGUUAUACUGACGGAUUGUUGUGUAUAAAAAAAUUAUAAUUGGAAAAAAAUUAUGGAUUUACCGAGUUUAGCAAUUAUUUCGGUUUUAGUGUGCUUAAACGCUUUCCAAGUACACAGUGAUGAGGUUUCGGCGGCAGAGGAAAAUAAUAAUUUAACGCUGCCUUACCAAAUCGAGCCAUUGCCCGACUCUUAUGCUCACCUCGGUGAAGGUCCCCAUUGGAAUAUUGAGACGCAGAGUCUCUACUAUGUUUCUCUUGAUUCUGGCUGGAUACUCCGCUAUGACUACCACGAGGAUACGGUGUACCGUAGCAAAGUUGAGAAUCUCCAAUUCACCUCCUUCAUUGUGCCGGUCGAAGGACAAAAGGAUAAAUUUGUUGUUGGAUCUAGUCGUCGCGUACUGGUCAUCACAUGGGAUGGUGUUUCGUCGACAAGCAAGGUAGACCGUGUACUCUUCGAAGUGCAACAAGACGAACAGUAUAUUGUGAAUCGUUUUAACGACGGCAAAGCUGAUCCACGUGGACGUCUCUUCGCCGGCACGAUGCGUUAUAUCGGCGAUGCAUACAAAGAUCGCUGGGGUGAACUGUACAAAUAUGAUAAUGGCACAGUAACGGUAGUGAAGACCGAUGUCGGUAUCUCCAACGGAUUGGCAUGGAACGAGAAAACAAAUAAGUUCUAUUUUAUAGAUACAACUGACUAUGAAGUAAAGGAAUACGAUUAUGACCUUGAAGCUGGUGAAGCAACUAAACCAAAGGUCGUUUUCGAUGUGCGCCGCCCGAAUCCAGAGAACAAUUUGUUACCCGAUGGUAUGACCAUAGACAGUGAUGGUAAUAUUUAUGUGGCCACUUACAAUGGGUACACCUUAAACAAGGUCAAUCCAAGUACAGGGGAAGUUCUCUUAGAAAUCAAGUUUCCCUGCAAGCAAAUCACAUCUGCCGCCUGGGGUGGUCCCAAUCUCGAUAUCUUGUAUGUAACAACAUCAGCCGAAUUUGAUCAACCACCACCGGCUGGCACCACUUAUCAGAUUACCGGCUUGGGCGCUAAGGGUUUACCUAUGACAAAGGUUCAACUAUAAUCGUUUACAUUAUGUGAAGAGUUCUACAAAAAUCAAAUCGCAUAAUUAUAAAAAAAACGCAUUUUAGUUUUAACAAAA